CAGAGACAAAUCUUUUUGGGGCUUUCUUUACCGUUGUCGAGACACAAUUGUUGCUACCACUCCGGUUACUUCCCUCUGGCGUGAUCUUGACACGUCCUGGUGUAAUCACUUUAGCAGAAGCAAAAGGGCUAUUAAAUCCAAAUGACUUUAAUAAUUUGAAAAUACAGAUUAGUGAAAAUCGAAAACAUUAUAAUUUCAAGGAUUAUUGGAACGAUGUAAUUAAUGAAUGUAAAAUAAAACGAGAUAUUUCAGAGUGUAAAGUAGAAAAAGAACAUAGUUCAAAUUUAGAUGAAGAUUUGAUUGUGCAAUCAUCCUCUGCAAUUGAUGAAAAUUCGACUGCUAUGCAAUC